AUGGGGAACGUGACCUCUUGCUGCGUCUCGUCCAGCCCCAAACUGCGGAGGAAUGCCCAUUCACGGCUGGAAUCGUACCGGCCCGAUACCGAGCUGAGCCGAGACGACACGGGUUGCAACCUGCAGCAUAUCAGCGACCGGGAGAAUAUCGACGAUCUAAACAUGGAAUUCAACCCCUCAGACCAUCCACGAGCCAGCACAAUGUUCCUCAGUAAAUCUCAAACUGAUGUGAGAGAAAAACGGAAGAGUCUCUACAUAAACCAUCAUCCUCCUGGUCAAUUGAGAAGGAAAUACAGUUCCUGUUCUACUAUUUUUCUGGAUGACAGUACAGUCAGUCAGCCCAACCUCAAGUAUACAAUUAAAUGUGUAGCUCUUGCAAUAUACUACCAUAUCAAAAACAGGGACGUAGAUGGAACAAUGCUCCUAGAUAUUUUUGAUGAAAAUCUCCACCCCCUUUCGAAAUCCGAACUGCCACCAGAUUAUGACAAACAUCAACCUGAACAAAAGCAGAUUUAUCGCUUUGUUCGGACGUUGUUCAGUGCUGCUCAGCUAACUGCCGAAUGUGCUAUUGUCACCCUGGUAUAUCUUGAAAGAUUGCUAACUUAUGCAGAGAUAGAUAUUUGUCCAUCAAACUGGAAAAGAAUUGUGCUCGGCGCAAUUCUACUUGCAUCCAAAGUUUGGGAUGACCAAGCUGUGUGGAAUGUGGACUACUGUCAGAUCCUGAAAGAUAUCACAGUUGAAGACAUGAAUGAAUUGGAACGCCAAUUUCUUGAGUUGCUGCAGUUCAACAUCAAUGUUCCCUCAAGUGUUUAUGCUAAGUAUUAUUUUGAUUUGCGCUCCUUAGCAGAAGCAAACAACCUGAGUUUUCCUCUAGAACCUCUCAGCAGAGAAAGAGCACUUAAACUCGAGGCCAUUUCUCGUUUGUGUGAAGAUAAAUACAAGGAAUUCAGGAAAUAUGCAAAGAAACGGUCAGUCAGUUCAGACAAUCUGUCUGUAGUUCGAUGGUCUCCUGCAGUUAUCUCCUAACGGUGAAGUCUGCGAUACAAGACUCUAGAAGUACUGUUUCUAUCAUCAACUUUGGGUGGGAGGGUUGGUUUUGGUGAUUUUUUUUUUCUGGUUUUUUUUUCUCCUUAUUUUUAGAUCUGCCUUUACAGUGCCUCCCCUUUUGUGUAGCACACAAGAAUAACUAUAGGGACUCGUUAAAAAGAACUUCGAAAGAAGAUUUGUUUUAAUGUUAUUACAACUCCUCUGCUUUUUGAUGGGGAGAAGGCAAAUGCAAAUAUUGAAAAAUAUUUCUGCAAAAUAUUCUGCUUAGCGAGGAUGAAACCUCAGAAACCAAUACAAGAUCAUUAAAGAGGAGGAGGAAGAAUAAAGGGUCUUAACAGAAAUAAUGGCAUGAAAACCAAUGUCACAAGAGAAGGUUGCAAGAAGCAUAGUAAGAAAGACGUUGGGUGUGGUUUGAGAUCCUCUUCAAUAUCUUCUAGUGGUUUCCCAUUCUUUUUUGCUUUUUGAUUGAGUUUGCUUUCUCUUCUGUAACAGCCAUGGAGAAGGCAGUGCCUGUGGUAGCACAACAUGAGCCUCUGAUUAGAGAGCCUGUUCCUUUGCCCCCCACACUUCGAUGUCCUUUUGUUCAUAAGCUGUUUUAUUAGCCUUUUUCCUCUUAAUUCUUAUGGAUAUUGUUGUUUCUUGUGUGCUUUUACUGUAUUUUUGGGGAAACUGAUUGAUUGACAGUGCUGAACCCAAAGUAUAUAAGAUCAGGUGAUUGAUCAUAAUUUUAUUUUCUUCUCUAUCUCUUUAAUUUAUAGCAACCGGUUUCAUGAUGUUGCCCAUGAGGUGCAUUUUCAGUACUGGUGCUUUGUAUUAUAUGUGGUUGCAUGUGCCUUCCUACCUUUUUUUCAGAUGGGUUUAUUUUUUCUUACUGUAAAGACAGAGUUGUUAAAAGGAUUCAGGUGACAGUGAAGCUUGGGCCAACAUGCAGACAUUACUUUAGAUAGAAUAGUUCUUUUGCAAGAUUUUUUUAAUUUUUAAUUAAGUUUAGAGAUUAGGUAUAGAGUCAAGCGAGAGAAGUGGAACGAAAGAGUGAGAGUAAGAAUCUUCUUUUGUAUGGCCCAAAUAGUUGAUUUUCUUCACUUCCUGGUUCAAUGUUGCAAGCAAUAGCCUCAAAAAAGUUUUUUAUAUGUUUACUUUAAAUAGAAACCAAUCUGUUUAUAUAUAAAAGAGAAAAAAAAAUAAAAAAAGUUUUUGUUCGAGGAUCCAUAGAAGAGAAAAGAAAAGAAUUAUAUGUGUAUGUGUUACAUACAUACACAUGCAGGGGCAUGAGUUGGGUGUAUAAUGAAAACAAGUGUUUUAUCACAGAUUAGAUUUUGGAAUAAAAAGGAGGUUUUUUUCAGCGUAGGUGCUCAAAGGAAUUUAAACGAAAUGCAAACUGUGAAGAAAAUUGUAUUGCUUUGUUGGUUAUUUUUUAAAACUGGUUGUCAUCCUUCCUAUCUUUUAAUGGGAUAAGCAAAUCAAAUACCGUAUAUCUAUGGUACUUGUGCUCUAUACAAAUAAUUGAGUUUGCACAUGUGAGAAAGGUGCCAUACAGAAAACCAAGCAAUCAGCCAAAAUCAGCUUCAGUAUCAUGACUUCUGGAAUUCAUUUGUCAAGGGAUGUUUUGAUGAUGUUGGUUUUGCUUUUUGUGUAUUGCUUCAGCAAAACAGAGAAAGCAUAUUUCACCAGGAAUUUUCCUUCUUGCAUCUCCUUACUGUCCUUUGCACUUCAUACCUUCCAAAUAUUUAAUAAGGAUGUUGUUUAGGCUAAACAUCUAUCACUAUAUUCCAGAAUUAUUCCCAUUAGUUUCAGCAGCAGCACAAGGAGACAAGCAUAUUUAUAUGGAUCCCAUUAAGCCUUAAAACAAUGAUCACAUAUAGUUAUUGGCAACAGAAUACCCUUAUUUUCAUGAAAGAACACAUUCAUGUGGCUUAAUUUUGGAAGGAAGGAACACAUUCCUGCCCUUAAAGGCCUGGAAUCAAGGAGCUUGAAGCUAAGGAAGAGAAAAGAAUUGCCACCUUUAAAUUGGACUAGAUCUACAUGGUUAAAAACAAUUGCUUUAUUGAGAUUUUGCAGAACAGGUUUUUUCCAGCAAAAAAAAAUAAUAAUGAGGCAGGUGGAUUUAGGGAAAGGCAUGACAGAAAGAGAAAAAGAUUGAUUUAUGUAAAGUUUUCAAUGAAUUUAUUCUAAUUUUGUGAAGUUUAUUAAACAACCUUAAAGAUUGUAUCUGUUUAUUGUAUGUAUGUACAUACAGUCUGAUACUUAAGAUUUCAAGUGGAUUCCAUAAAACCUUGCUCAGUCUUGUUUAGACUGUUGGAUAUUGUUUUAGCUUUGUGCACUGGAUUCUACCUCUGUAUAGGAGAAUUUUCCACAUUCUUCAAUUAGUACUGAUUCUGUGAUUUAACUUGGUUAUGUUUCUUGCACUACAAAUUAAAAAAAAAGAAAAUCUGUUAAA